UGAUUGAAGGAGGUUGUAUUUGAUUUCUUUCGUACCCGUCAACCGUACACAGAACAGAACAGUAGGCCCUUCGCUUUCUCACACUCCGAUCCCUCAAUUGGAAGUCCUUCGUUUUGGUGGAACCCUAGAGACUUCUUCUACUUGCAAAUGCACUCUGUUUAUCUGCUGGUUUUUGGCUUCCGAGACAGAGAGUUGAAUGAUGCAGUUAGAUGAGAAAUCAGUGAAGGUUGAUUUGGGAAUGGAAUUGAAGGAAGUGAAAGGUCAAGAAAUUGUAAAUGGUGAGGUUGGUUUAGAGAGAGGAUCAGAAGGCUGUAGAAAUAAAUGCAAAGAAUUGGAAGAGAGGAGUAGCAUGGCUGAAGAGAGGUGUGUGUUGUUGGAAUUGCUGAUUGAGAAGAAGAAGAGUGAGUUUGAAUUGCUCGAGGGUAAGCUUGGUGCAUUGGAAGUCGAAAGGGCCGGGAUUGAAGAUGAGGUUAAGCUUUUGAAGAGAAGAAAUGUUGAACUUGAAAAGCAAAUCACUCAGAUUGAAAAUGAAAACAAGGCUGAUAUAGGCAAAGGGACAGGAAAGGUUGUAGAUUUAACAGAGGAGAAAGAUGAGGAAGAUAAGGUCAUUCAGUUGAUGAUUGAAAACAAGGUUUUGGAGUGUGAGAAGAAAAGAGCCGAAAGUGAGGUUGAGGUUUGGAAGUUGAAGUAUAAAAAAUUGGAGUGGCGAGUGUCAGCACUGGAGAAGGAUAUUUUGGACUUCAAAGGAGGGCAAAGUCCAUUGGCUGGAAUGAUGAAAUCCCGAUCGGAAAUGCAUAAAAAGCAGACAAGUAAAGAAGGCGAAUUAAAAGAUGGAUUGGAUGUAGCAAAUAGCUCAGAACAUUUGGAAGCAGAAACCGCAAUUGUGGAUAACAAUGAAACCAUAAAAGCUGCAACUGGUUCACCUUCGAUUGAUAUGCCAAGUAAGCUGACCACACAAAUUGAGGGAAGCAAAACAGGUUUCCUUUCUGAACCUGAAAUGGACCAUGGCAGCCAAGUGAGAAAACGAUUGGCAUUCAGUGAAGAAAGCAGUCUCAGCAAGAAGAUGGCUCCUUCGACGCCAGGUAGUGCAAGAGCUUCAUUUGGCAUCAUUGAUAUCAGUGACAGUGAAGAUGAACUAGCUAAUACAAAUGUUAAUAUGCCUCAUUUUGAUAGUCAAGUAAAUAGAACAGUUCCUGUUUCAACUGAUCUUUCAUCAUGGAAUGCUAUGGGUAAUGAAAACAAGAAGACUUCUGAUGAUAAUUUAAAGAGGACUCUCGCAGACCAGACUGAUGAGGAGGAUAUGGAUGGUUAUAAGGGGAAUUUCCUUUUCAUUUCAACUCCCAAAAGGAAAAGAGCUUCUAAUAUUGUCACUUCCGACAGUGAGAGUGAUGAUGAUAAUGUUCCAAUUUGUAAGCUCAAGACUAAACAUCUACAGGAAUUAAAUCAGGAUAAAAUGGAUUCUUAUUCGAAUGGUUGUUCAGUGACUGCAACUGUUUCUGAGGAGAAGGUUGGAGAGACCGCAACUCCUAGACGGCGGCUAGUGGCAUUGAGAAAUCGCGAUGUGAAAAAUGCACCUGAACAAAAUUCUCCUAGUAAUUCUAAUGACAAUGGAGCUAAUUCUCAUUCCAGAAUCCACACAAAUGAGGGUGUUGAAAAUGAAGAAAUGGAGGAGGAUGGGUCAGAGUCAGACACUGAGGGUGAAAGCUUGGGUGGAUUCAUCGUAAGUAGCUCUGAUGUUUCUGGCAGUGAUGAUGGUUCUAGUGCAUCAGAUGAUGUAUCAUAUGACAAUGUGGACUUUGGUGAAGUUCUAUCUAGAAUUCGAAGGAACAGAGACUCCAAACUAAAGUGGGAGUUUGAGGCAGAUAUGCUUGCGGCAUUUGGUAAGGAUCUUGAACUGUGCAUGAAGGCUGUGUGUGCUCUUUAUCGGCAGCAGACGUCUGAGGAAAGGUGUAGCAGGGGAACAAUAUAUUCCAACCAACGAGGGUUUAGCCAAUGUGAUGCAUUCAGUCACUGUGUUAUAGGGGCACUACUUUGGCCGAGUUUCUUACUGAUGGAGACCCACAAGGUGAUCUGAAGAAAUCUGUGGAGGAGUUGCAAGAUUUUGAUCCCAAGGGCCCUGAACUGUGCAGAACACUGGCAACUCACUACUCGAAGCAGUUGUUUGCAAUCUACAAGAACAAUGAGGAUCCCCUUUUUCUCUAAUCUUGACUUGGCCUGCCCUUGAUGCUACUACUGCAAAUAUGUUGGAAUUUCAAAUUUUAUGCAUUUUAGGUUUUUUUUUUUCCCCCCCAUGGUUUGCAAGGAAUUUAGUCAUUGCCUUUCCUAGUUUUGCAGUUAUAUAUAUGAUCAUAGUAAUGACAUAAAUAUUUGUAUGUAUUUAUCUUUGUUGUUGCUGUUGUUCUAGAGGGAGAUGUAAACUGUGUCCCUAGUUUAGACCUGGACAGGAGACUUUUUUGUUCAUAGUAAAUGGUAAAAAAUUAAAGGCAUCAGAUGUGUUGUUAUUUUUAUUUAUUUUUGUUUCCGAAAUGUGAAAGGCAACAUGUUUGUGAUGCUUAUUAGCUUUUUAGAA